GGGACUAUUUUCUCUUGAACAAAAUUAACUACACCCAAGACUAUGAAGUGUGGUGUUUGCUGAAGAAGGACAGUAGCAUGGAAAUUUGGGAUAAGGCAAACUGAUGCUGCAAGGAAUUCAGAGAUUCAACUUUUAUCUGAUACUACAUGGGAAAAAUGGAUUAUUUGAUACUUGAUGCAUGACCCUUUGGCAGUAAGGAUGUUUGGAUGAUGUUACACUGUUUGACAUUCCAAGUUCUGACAGCAUGGCAGCAGACAAAGAGAAGAUAAUACUCGAAGAGAGUGAUAAUCAAACUAUGUCUGCCAACUUAAAGUACCUUUCGCUGGGGAUAUUGGUCUUCCAGACAACUAGUUUGGUGUUGACUAUGCGCUAUUCUCGGACAUUGAAAGAAGAAGGGCCCCGUUACUUAUCUUCAACUGCAGUGGUUAUUGCUGAGCUUCUGAAGAUUAUGGCCUGUAUUUUCUUGGUUUACAAAGAUAGCAAGUGCAAUCUACGAACUCUGAACAGAGUGUUGCAUGAUGAAAUCCUCAACAAGCCUAUGGAGACACUUAAGCUUGCUAUUCCUUCUGGAAUUUACACACUACAGAAUAACCUGCUGUAUGUUGCCUUGUCAAAUUUAGACGCAGCUACUUAUCAGGUCACUUAUCAGUUGAAAAUUCUUACCACUGCAUUAUUUUCUGUGUCUAUGCUCAGUAAGAAAUUAGGAGUAUAUCAGUGGCUUUCAUUAGUGAUUCUGAUGGCUGGAGUGGCAUUUGUACAGUGGCCAACAGAUUCACAAGCAGCCGCAACUAAAGAGCUUUCAGCGGGAUCACAGUUUGUGGGCCUGAUGGCAGUACUAAUAGCCUGCUUUUCAAGUGGAUUUGCUGGAGUCUAUUUUGAGAAAAUUUUGAAAGAAACAAAACAGUCAGUAUGGAUUAGAAAUAUUCAGCUAGGAUUUUUCGGUAGCAUAUUUGGAUUGAUGGGUGUGUAUAUCUAUGAUGGAGAACCUGUAUCAAAGAAUGGAUUUUUUCAAGGUUAUAAUAAGCUAACCUGGAUAGUAGUAGUGCUACAGGCACUUGGAGGCCUCGUUAUAGCUGCUGUUAUAAAGUAUGCAGACAACAUUUUAAAAGGAUUUGCAACAUCCUUGUCUAUUAUAUUGUCAACGUUAAUCUCAUACUUUUGGCUGCAAGAUUUUGUUCCUACAAGUGUUUUUUUCCUUGGAGCCGUUCUUGUAAUAGCUGCUACAUUCCUAUACGGUUAUGAUCCAAAGCCUGCAGGGAAUCCUAUUAAAGCAUAGCAGACUUUUCCAUGCCAGACCAUUUUGCCAAGACUGUGCGUUAAGGACCUCAGAGUAACUCUGUAUGGAGGACCAUUAAGCACGGGAAAGAAAGAGUUGGUACUGUAUCUGCAGAACGAUAUAAAAUAAUGGUUCAUGGGAGACAAAUGAGGUGAAGACAGAAAACAAUGUGUACCUCUGGAAAAGAAGAGAGGCCGAAAAUAAAACUUGAAGGGAACACAUUGCUUCUAGUACCUGCAAUUUGAAAUGCUUCCAGUUUGAACUCUGAGAUUAAAUCAGAAUGAUUUACUGGCUACGAAAGCUGCAGAAAUGUCCUAUGCACUCUUUUUGCAAGAGCACACGACAACAUAUGUUGAAUCAUAUCUGUUUUUGCAAAUUGACUGUUUCAUCUUAGUAUGUUUUUUUUAAAACAAACAACUGCGUAAGUAUCAAAUCAAAAAAGAGAUAAAAUCUUGUUCUACCGUGAUGGUUCUGAUUAGGCAUUCCUAUUUAAAAACCUGCAAAAUAUGAUUGAAUCAAUUUCAUUUUCAGAUUUUUAAUAUUUUAUACAGAAAACUGAAUCAAUAAACAGAAAUCGAUGUUAUAAAACAUCUAUAUACAUUUCUUAACAGUAAUGACACAUUUCUUUGAUAAAUUCCAUGUGAGGGUAAAUUUAAUACUUUUAUCAUUUAUAGAGUAAGUCAGCAGUGUUGUGUUGAUUGUUCUGUCUAUCUAUCUAGCUGUUUGUCUAUUUGUCUAUCAUGGUCAGGUCACACAAACCAUGCUGACUGCACUUUUCUUAUUUAAAUGGAGGACACUGAAGAUCUAUAGAAACAAAUGGAGGUGGCAUAGCUUACUCAUGAAAUAGUAUUUAUUCCUAUAUUCGGCAAAUGGCCAUAAUACAGUCACAGUGCCAUUGCUGAUACUGAAUAUGGGCCCGUUGGUUCUCAGAACAACUACUUUGCUGGAUAAGCAAAAAAAUAAUAUUGUAAUUAAAUUACAGUACAUUUCGUUGCUUAUGAAAUUAAUUUGAAAAUAUUUUUAAAUGUCUUUUUAAAAUUUGCCAAGUAACUGUUUUAAAGGUAUUAUCAUUCCUUUUGGAGCAAUGGUUAUAUAUCAUCUGUAUAUACUGUACUAUAUUUCAGAGCUUUUUUUAAAAAAAUGGAGGAAUUAUGUAAUUAAAGUAGUUCAGUCGACUGUCUAAAUUC